UACCCUACCAUCCCAGGACUACCGAAGCACCUGGAGCGGCUGUGCCGCUUUAAUUGCUCCUUUCCCGACUGCCCCGCUCCGAUGUGCUACGUCCAACCCUCGAACUGGAACUUGCUAACUGAGGAGCAGCAUAUUGACUUUGUCAGUGUGCACAGAGGUGAUAUUGCUCCAGGACAUCCCGAGAUUGUUAUGACCUCUGCUGGUUCUAACAAAUAUGACGUCUUAGCCGAAACUGGGGUUUCCGACGGCGACGCGGUUUUGUCCAUGCUGGCGUGCUUGUGCGAAAAAGCCAAUGACGAUUUGCGCACGAUUGUGUAA